AUCACAAACUACCUCAGUGCAUUCCAACGAACUCUUCACACCAGGCCAAGUGACCUCAGUGAAAUCUUUUAUUUAAAUACUCCACUCGUUCAUAUUUAUUUAUCUCUUCCUCAUAUUUAAAGUCGCAAAAUAUAAAACAAAACAAAAAAAAGAACUACUAUUAUUACAGAGGUUAAUCCCUCUUAUCAGGCUUACGCUCCUUAGACUAGCUCGAUAGAGUCCUGCUCUAUCUCAAUCGAGUCUCAUUAGUUCCCUAUAAUAUCUUAUUUUACCUUCGCUUUUUUCCGCAAGAUGCAACGCACCAGUCUUAUCUGUUUGGUGACUUUGGCUGCCCGCCAUGUUAGCUUUUCCAAUGCCGCUGCCGUCUCGGCCUCUGCUUCCUCGGUAUCUAAUGCCUCGGCCUCAGGCGGCUCUACGGAGAUGCAGAAUGGGCAAGUAGUAAAAUCCAGUUCGAGCUCAGCUCAUGCUGGGGCUGGGGCGUAUGCCUACAGCGACUCAGAUGGUCACCGUGUCGAAAAACAUUGGUCUACUUCCGCGACCACCGGCUCCAAAAAGAAGUGUGAAUGCAAAGACGAGAGCAAGAAAUGCGACUGUGAAGAAAAGAAGAAGUGUGAAUGUGCAGACAAGGACAAGAAAUGUGUCUGCGAUGGCAAGAACAAGGAUCAGAGCGCAGAGCCCUGUGAGGAGGGCAAAAAGGACGACGGGAAGCCGCCUGUUCCGGAAGUUUUCAGUGAUGGAGCAGGAGACACCUCGACUUCUGGCUCCGAUUCCAAACCAUCUGGAAUGAGUUGCCCCGGUGCUGAAACGAACGUCUCACCCUCGGGACCUGCGGGCUCGGAGUGCUCUGACUCAGGUUCUCCUAGCCCAUCCCCCUCUUCCGAUUCCUCGUCCGGAACCGCCUCAGGUGGCAAGGGUCCUUCUCCCUUGGAUGGGCAGGCUGGGGCUCAACAGGACUCCAACUGCACCGAGAAUGCCACCAACAAUAGUGAUUCAUCCUCGAACUCCGCUUCAGGAGCCAAUGAUUCUAGUAGCUCCCCUACCCCAAAACAGGACUCCAGCUGUACCGACAGUGCUACUCACAACAGUGAUUUGUCCUCAAACUCCACAUCAGGAGCCGGUGAUUCUGGUAGCUCCCCUACCCCCAAAGAGGACUCCAGCUGUACCGACGGUGCUACCAAGAAUAGUGACUCCUCUUCCAACUCAACCGAUGCUAGCAGCUCCCCUACCCCAAAACAGGACUCCACCUGUACCGAAAAUGCUUCCAAUAACAGUGAUUCAUCUUCGAGCUCCGCCGCAGGAUCGAGCAACCCCGGUAACUCCCCCGCACCACAAGGCUCUGAUUUCUCAGGUAGUGGAGGUGAUUACCCAUCAAGUAGCAACAACCAGACCGCUUCCACCGGUAGCAACCACACGGCGGCAAGCGGCGUUUGCAAUGGAACGAACUCCAGUGGCCCAUCAGGUUCGAGCUGUGAAGACGUUGUCCCUUACAGCGGCAGUGGUCAGGAUAGUCCCGCAUCGAAGCAAAGCGGCAGUGGCUCAUCAACGUCUUCCCAGGGCAACAGUAACCAAUCUGCUCCAAGCGGCGGGAACACUCCUCCUUGCAGCAGCAGCAGCAGCAGCAGCAGCCACAGUUCAUCCUCAUCAACUGGCUGUUCAUCAUCGUCUUCUCAGAGUGGCAGCUCCCCACCGGGUCCUAGCGGGGGAAGUGACUCCCCAACUCCAACUAACGGGACGGAGGGAUCCGCAGCGAAUACGCCCGGGGGAAGUGAUUCCCCCUCCGGUGAUGGAAAUGGCACGACACCUGAUUCUAGCACAAAGGACUGUCAAUCGGUGCAAGGCUCUGGUGGCCAAAAUUCUACUGACACUUCAACUUCUGGAAAUGCCGGCGCAACCGGCUGCGUGUCUGGAAAGGAUUCUGGAAACCCUCAACCCGCUACCCCUCCUGAGGACUCUUCCUCAGCAGGAAAUGGAAAUAGCCCUAGUCCCUCUCCUGAUGCUUCGUCCAAAUCGUGUGCAGACGCAACCCCUGCAGGGGAUGGCUGUGGAAGUGCCUCAUCAGGUCCUCCCCCAGUCUCAAGCGGAGGUUCUUCGCCAGGAGGAAACGGCCCAAGUCCCUCUCAAGAUACCCCCUCAGUGUCAAGUGGUUGUUCCACUCCCGGGGGGCAAUCCCCAACUGGUUGCGCUGAAAGCACUAACGGCAUGCCCCAACCAAGCGGUACUGGAGACGACUCCACUAGUCCUUCCACCAAUUCAACUGACUCAUCCUCUCCAGGUCAUGCCAGCUCCCCGGGCGAUACUUCCAGUAGCAGCAAUUGCGAUACCCCAACACCAACUAAUAACAAUGGUGGAGAAAACUCACCCACUCCAUCGACAAACGGAACCGACUGCCCAAAACCGGACUCAAAGACUGAGGGUAACUCAGCAGACUCGCUUUUGACUAACCAGCCUAUUAUUGGUACCUUACUGAUGACCCUGGCCACUGGAUUUGCCGUCACAUUCCUUUAAGACACAUGACUCGUAUGGCACCAAGAUCAUCAGCUUUGAACUUUCACAAGCUUCAUCUUUGGACAGUCAUCCUCAUGGCUGUUCAAGCUCAUUCUACCCUAUCUGGGAUCUAGGUUUUUGUUUUUCCAAUCAUUCUCCACUUUGCAUGUCUUCUUGAAUCAUCAGCAAGUAAAAAAAAGUAAGAAAAUAAAUAAAUAAACAUACAGAAAAAAAAUAAAAAAUUAUACACAUAAAAUUUUGGGACGUUGUGCUUUGAUGUUUUGAAUUGGUUUAUAUCCCACACUACAAUAUGAAUUUUGGGGUCAUUGAAUUUGUAUUUCAGUUGUGUUUUUGCAAUUAGGAUUAUUUGGUUAUUGAAGACCAAUCUUGAUAAAGCUAAGCUCCCUAGAAACAUACAGAAAAUCAUAACUUCAAUCAUCUUGUGAUAAAACAUUCAUUUUUAUAGAUAUUUACUCUGUCUUUCCCAUAGUCUUCAUUCUAUUUGGAGAUCAAUACAUCCCGGAGAAACUAUAAGAACUUGGAGUGGAUGCUUAUCAAUGAUGCAUCCUCUGCAAUAAGCAGACCCUGUUCACCUGCAGAAUUUCUGAAUAUAAGGGAAUUGAUGAUGCCUUUUUUGGCCACAAUGUGAGUCCUUGAGCCAUACAGAUAAUAAAAAAAAAUUGAAUUCUUAUUCCUGAAAGCACAGGAA